CCUCAUACUGUUAUUGUUUUGAUUCCUCCCCGGCCGGUCACUUUACAAACGCUAUAUUUUAACCCCUAUUUUAAACCCUCCCAGCCCUUAAUUAACCUCUAGAGAUGCGGUGACACGAAGAUAAAUCCCUUUUCUCUAAACUGGGACUACAAAAACCAUCUGUAAAUAAUUAAAAAGCUGGAAAAAUAAGAGAGAAGAGGAGGGGUUAAACUUUCUCCUUUCUAGUCAUGAUUAUAAGACACGUGCUGAGUUGGGGCGUGCGUGGGCGUGCUGGGGCCUACUGGGGCGUGCCGAGGUCAUCACAGGUUACGCCCUUACCUCAUCUCCUGUCCUCGUGCUGUGUUGGGUCAAGAGGAGUAGUGAGUCCCAGCAUGAGGGAUGAAGGGAAGCACCACCUACACACAGACAGUCCCUCCUGCAGUGCCUUCACAUGGAGCAGGAGGAGGCGAAGGAGGGGGGAAAUCUUAGGGUUACUGUCUGCUUCCCUUUCUUCCUACUGCACUGAUAUAUCCCAGAGCAGAGGAGAGGAGGAGGUGAAGGACGACGAGGCCCAGCAGAUGAUGCCGAUGGAUAUUAACAGCAGGGAUGAAGAUUUGGACAUUAGGUUGAAUGUGGGCGAGGCAGUGAUUUACGAGCUUCAGCGUCUCUUCAACAUCCCGAAGGAGAGAGCAGUGAAGAUGGUACAAACAAACAACUUCCUCCUGGUGUCCGACAAAGCCAUCCUAAAAGCACUUUACUUCCUCAAGGACCACCAGGUGUCCCCAGAGCAGCUCCAGCGCAUCCCAUGGCUAAUGCUGCAGCCUGCUGAUGUACUACACCAGAAGUUCAAGAAGCUGCUGGGUCCUCAUCUGUUUCUGAGCCUGUCGGACGGCCUUGGAUUCUGCUACUUCUCCCAACAGACCAUUGACAAGCUGCAGCGCAAGUUCAUCAGGGAGGCCCACUGCUUUCCUGACCACCCCAACAGAGUGUACUACCUUGCCCACAGACUGCAGAUACCUGUUCCAUUAGUCGCAGAGAAGGUGGUGAAGCCCAAACAGGUGCUGGCGAUGGAUAUCAAGAAAAUAAACACCACUAUUGACAUUUUUAAUAAGUACGGUGUGCCGAUGGAGAGCGUGCUGUCAGACCUCUGGGUGUUCUACCACAACCUGGAGGUGACAGAGGACAGGCUGAGGCAGGCCGCGGAGGCAGGCUGCCCCAACCCCAAGCCCUGGAUAUGUCAUGCCUCACUGCCUGUCUUUGAGAGGUACCUCACCAGGUUGCGAGCGCGGAGGCAGGUGCUGGGGGAACACGGCAGCUUGGAGACCUACUUGAGUGAGCGCCUGCAGUGUCCCGUUCACGAGAUUCAAGCUGCCUUCCGUCGCAAUAAUAACCUGGCCAACAUUCACGUCAGUCACAUCAGGACUAAGCUGGACCUCAUGCUGGACGCUGGCUUCACCACGGAGGAUGUCAGGGGCUGCUUGCGUGUCCUCCAGUACUCCUUCAAGAGAACCAAGAGCAGGAUAGAGGAAAUGAAGAGCCUUGGACACCAUCGCUUCCCUAUCAGUGUUUUAUUUAAGCAACCCAAGACUUACGCCAACAUUGUGCGCAGAAUCAAGAGAGACAAGCAGAAGGAGGAGAAACUCAGGAGGGAGAGUGAGGAAAGGAGAGAGGGUGGUGAGGGAAGAGAGGGUGGUGGAUGAGCUGGGUAAGGAAGGGGGAUAGGGAGAAGAAUUGGAGUGGUAAGGGUGGUGAUAGGAAGGAAGGGUAGAGGGUAAGCAAAAUGAGAUGAAGUUAAAAGGGGUAAAUGAGAAAUAUAUGCACAGUUCUCGUUGGAAAUUAAGAAAUGAAAUGAGUGAAAGAUUGUACAGGGAAAAAGUCAGAAAAUGAAUUGAAAUAUACAGAGUUCUUAGUUCAAA